UUUUGAUAACUUUUGGAGUUCUACCUCUUUGGCACUUUCCCCUCCAAAUAUUCCUAAAAAGAAAACUACCCCCUCUCCCGGAAGGUUUGUUAGUGUUGAAAGGAAUUGAAUCAAUCAGCAGUUAGCCGGUCUGCUGGUUGGUCGUAGUUGGAGUGAAAUCGAAAGUUGUCACGAAACUGGGGUAUUCUCCAACUUUCCCUAAUAUUUUCAGUUUAAAGAAUAUAAUUUGAUCAUUUCUUACAAGGGAAGACGUUUAUAUUUUGAUAUUAUUAUUUGAUUUAUAUCAAAACAAACAAAAUGGCAAACUUUCAUCAUGUUGUUUCAAAAGCAAGAGAAACAUUUGAAAGCGGGAAAACUCGCUCUUAUGAAUAUCGUAAAAAGCAACUUGAAAAUUUCAAGAGAAUGGUGCAAGAAAACGGAGAUAAAAUUGCUCAAUCAUUAGAACAGGAUUUGAAAAAGUGCAAAAUGGAGUCAUUCUUUACUGAAAUUGGUCUUUUGGUAACUGAAAUUGAUUACAUUUUGGAGAAUUUAAAACAAUGGAUGGCGCCAGACAAACCUGAGAAGAAUUUAAUUACGAUGCUUGACAAAGUGAGGAUCUACAAUGACCCAAAAGGAGUCGUGCUAGUCAUGGGUGCGUGGAACUACCCAAUUAAUCUGACACUUAUGCCUGUUAUCGGUGCCAUUUCUGCUGGUAACUGCGUUAUUAUCAAGCCAUCCGAAGUCGCUCCAGCUUCAGCCAAUGUCAUCGCAGAACUCAUCCCGAAAUAUCUUGAUCCCGAAGCUUAUCAAGUAUGCUUAGGAGGAGUUUCAGAAACAACCGAGCUUUUAAAAGAAAAAUUCGAUCAUAUAAUGUAUACCGGCUCAACUGUGGUUGGAAGAAUUAUUUAUGCUGCAGCUAACAAAAAUCUAACUCCAGUAACGCUGGAACUUGGAGGCAAGAGUCCUUGCUAUGUUGAUGAUUCAGUUAACUUGAAUUAUGCUGUGAAACGUAUUAUGUGGGGGAAAUGUAUAAAUGCUGGACAAACGUGUAUUGCCCCGGAUUACAUGCUUUGUACGAAAGAAGUCCAAGACAAAUUUGUCAAAGAGGCGAGGAAAGUCAUUGAAGAGUGGUACGGACCAAAUGCAGUUAAUUCUCCAGACUACUGUAGAAUAGUUUCAGACAGGCAUUUUAAGAGAUUAGAAAAAAUGUUGCAAAAUGCUGAAAUUGCCUACGGAGGACAAAUUGACCCCAAAGAGAGGUAUUUUGGCCCUACUAUCCUAACCAAUGUUAACCCAAAUCAUCCAGUGAUGAAAGAGGAAAUAUUUGGGCCUAUUAUGCCCAUCGUAACUGUCGCUAAUGCUCACGAAGCCAUCAAGUUCAUCAAUGCCAGAGAUCGCCCUCUUACUUCAUAUGUUUUCACUAAAGACAAGCAAAUACAAGAUCUUUUCCUGGAAAACACAAUAUCUGGUUCUGCGGUUGUUAAUGAUACUCUGAUUCAAUUUGGAGUUCACACCCUUCCUUUUGGUGGAGUUGGCGAAAGUGGUAUGGGUGCUUAUCAUGGAAAAUAUUCUUUUGAUACCUUUACCCACAAGAAGAGUACUAUCAUCAAGAAUUACAACAGUCUCGGUGAAAAAAUUGCCAGUGCUCGAUAUCCUCCUUAUUCUGACAGGAAACUUGGAGUCAUGCAGGCACUGAUGAGAAUCAAGUUGAACUUUGGCUUGGCUAAGUAUAUCCCCCACGCAGCGCUCUUCGCCGCAGGACUGGCUGCAGGGAUAGCCUACAACCAAUAUAAGGUGCGCCCACUCCCUGCCGACCUCCCGUUCCAAAUACCUCAGGGAAUUCUAAAUCGCCUUGGGCUUACCCAAGAACCCAAGAGUUCCUCAUAGAUUUCCUAAUACCCUUUGGUCAUACCUACUUCUUUUCUUAUCCUUUUAUUUGGUUAAUGAUCUAUACUCCUUUACCUUUAGAUGCAAAUUUUAAAAUAGCUUUUAGAAAAAAGAUAACAGUAUAACAUUGAGUACUAAGAA